AUGUCGAUACCACCACCAUUACCUCCAAAAGAUACUCCCACUUCAAUAUUUUCUAACCCGUUCAACCAGUCUAUCGACCGACACUUACCUUUCAAAACUUCAAAAGAACAUCUUCCAUCUUCUUCACGAUCACCCGGUUCACCCCAGUCACCCAAUUCAUCAGGUCCCCAACCACCAGGUCCGCCCAAUUCACCCAGUUCACGUAACCUAGCUUUUCAAUCAGGCCCACACCUCGAAAAGACUACUAGUCAACGAAAUUACGAAAAUCUACCAGAACUCCCAACAUAUCCAAACCCUCGUGAAAGAACAACAUCAACAACUACAUCUUCUACCCAUACGACUAAUUCCAGUACAGGAAGAGUUUCACAUGCUCAAUAUGCUAGACCUGCAUCCGCUUCUUCACAUGUUUUGUUGAGUGCCAAUGAUCAUCAGACGGAAAUAACGAAUAGGAAUAUAGAACAAGAAUUGGAUAAUCGUUCUGGGUCGCCAUUCCCUUUACUUUCAAUCACCCCUUAUGACCAACCUGGACAAGAAAAUAUCUUUGAUACUCGAGUAAACACUACUAUCGACCAACUUCAUCCUAGAGGAAUCGACCUAUCUUCUGAAUUUCCAACCUCUCCAUUUACUCCACUUACUCCACUUACUCCAUUUGCACUGGCCGAUACGAGACAGCCUCAAUUGGGCCGAAUGUCUUUGGGUGAAAGUAGUCGUCUGGUCAAUCAUCCCAACGAUCCACAUCAUGAUAGAUUAUCUUUAGGUGAAAUCAGUCAUUUAGUAGAUUUCGAUGUACCAUCAACCACCGAGACUGAUAAACAUCAUAGAAACCUUUUAUCAGCCUUGGCUAGUCUUCCAUGGGCAGAACCACCUAUAUCGAAUGAGAAAGAAGGAAAUGGGUCUAGUUCGAGGCUCAUCGCCGUUCCUCAUAUCUCGACUUCAACUCUUCAUCGUGAACCUGUAUCUCCGCUCUCUCCUGUAAUCGAAGAUGAUCAAAAUAAUCAGCAUAACCAUCCUACUCGAUAUGUUCAUCCUGUUCUACAUAAUCAGAACAAUCAGGAUCCUCGACAUACUACGAAAGAAACCAAUACACAACCUAUUUACCCAUUCUUAUCCCGUGAUCCUGCUCUCGAAGGGAAUAAAACAUCUCGGAAUUCUAUGAUGAGUAAUAAAAGUGUACGAUCAUCUGUAGGUAGUACCAAAAGUGUUUUAUCUAAUUUAUCUCAACAAGUAGGAAGACAACUCGACAAUACUUUAUCUCCCCCUGUACCUGUACAAGGUAUACGAUCUACUAGUCCUCUGUCUCCACCCAUCCAGGGAGGACAACUCGACAAUGCUUUAUCUAACCAAAUACAAACACCACCACAAUUCCAAGUAUCUUCUUCUGGUAAUCAAGUGAACCCCUAUACACAAAAUCUAUCAACUAACGAGGUACGACCAGGAACGGAAGGUGUAGAUGAAGAAAGGAGAUUAUCAGCAUGGAGUGGAAUGGCAGAUAUUUCUUCUAUACAUGAUUCAAGUCCAUUACCAACUCCUCUAAGACAAAAUUUAGAAUUACCUCUUUCUUCUCCUUUACCAAGAAAUUCGAUUUUAAGAUCUUCACAUACACCUCCUCUUCAAAUUUAUUCAAGUAAUCCUUCUCCCAACUCCAUCAUACAUCCUCCUAGUCCAAAUCGAAAUCAUCCCUCUCCCAACUCCGUGACACAUCCUACUAGUCCAAAUCACCCAAAUCAUCCAUCUCAUCACCACAUUCCUCAUUCCCCGAACAACCCUUCUCAGAACGAACAUUCUUCCGAGACGCACGGGGAUUUCAUUUCUUUGAAUAGCGCAAUGGCAACUCGUUCUUCAUCUUCAUUCGCUUUUCUCUCUAGGACAGUAUCACUUCGUUCAAAUUCUAUGAAAUCUCAUAAAUCUAAUAAAUCCAACAAAUCUAAUAAAUCUAGUAAGUCUGUAAAAUCGACAAAAUCAGGAAAGACAAGUUCGAAAAGUAAGAAUGGUUCAGGAUCUGGAUCUGGCUCUGGAUCAGGGAAUGGAAAUGGAAUUGGUUUUGGGAAUGGAAGAAAAAGUUCGGUGAAAUUGAUCAAACGUUGGGAAGUGAGUUUAGCUAUGGUACCUGAGAUCCGUGGUGAUGAAUUGAAGAAAAGAGAGGAAUUGAUGGAAUUGAAAAGUUUAGUGGGAAGAGCUGAAGUUUUGGAAAGAAUGUUGAGGGCUGGUAAGAGGGUCUCAAACACAUCCAUCCGUUUCGCUUCAACCUCCUCACCUUACAGUCGUCCUCCUUCCCUUCAAUCACUAGCUAGAGCACUCACAAGAUCAUCUACAACACAUACUAAACGUUCUUCCCUCGCUCGACCAUCCACUUCAGCUUCUUCUAGAUCUGGAACCGGUCUCAGUCUAAGACAGAAACUAUCAAGAAGAUUAAAAAGGACAGAAAGUAGAGAAGAUAUGUUUACAGAGUUAGGUAGUGAUGAAGAAUUACCAGCUGUUCCUCAAUUACCAACUAAUCGAAGUAUUUCUCAGAAAUUCGAAACUAUAGAAACUAUAAAUACUCAAGAUGAUCUUGGUGACAGUUCAAAUUCCAACAUGAAUCAGUUGAACACGAAGCAAGUUGGUAAAGAUCAACAUUCAGGAUAUAUGGGUUUAUUUCGAUCUAUGACAAGUCAGAAAGAAGAUGAUGGUUUUCGAUCGAUUUAUGGUUCAAAGAAUAAGAAUAAGAAAAUGGAUAAAAAUCAAGAAACUCAACAGACUUUAAAAGAUGUGACAAUCAAAGGAAAAGGAAAAGGAAAAGGAAAGAAUUUACAAGAUGAUCAUUCACUUCCACCUCCACUCCCACCAAAAGAUUUACCAGGUUGUAUGAUCAUUAAACCUAUUCGUGAUCCACUUGAAGAAUUGAAACCUACCAAAAUAUUUCUUCUUUCAGGACCUAAUUCACCCACACCACUAUUAUCGAAUUUCCAAGAUUUCAAUUCUAUUCCUCAACACCAAACCACUCGAUCCAAGUUGACGAAUCAUCACCAAUCUCAAUCAACAUCUACCAAUCUUGAUACAGACACGGAUAGAAUCAGAAGAGCUGGGAAUGAUAAUCGUGAAAAUAGACACGAUAGAGAAGAAACAGAUAAUCAUCCUCAAUACCCUUGGUCAGAUACUGAAAAAUUACAAUAUAUACCUCAAAGUCCUCAUUUAGGUCAUAGGAGUCCAGGAUGGAGAAAUCGACAAAGUAUUUUGAGUUAUAUGACAACUGGGAAUUGGGAUGAGAAAAAAAGGAAGAAAUGGAGGAUCGGAUUGAUGGUGUUAAGUGUUAUAGGGGUUAUUUUGAUCGUCGGUUUAUUGGCUGGUUUGUUGAGUAAAAGAGAGGUUUCGUAG